AUGACCAACUACCCCCUCCUAAUCAACCUCAUUAUAGCCCUCUCCUAUAUCCUGCCAAUCCUAAUUGCAGUAGCCUUCCUCACAUUAGUAGAACGCAAAAUCUUAAGCUACAUACAAGGCCGAAAAGGCCCAAACAUCGUUGGCCCAUAUGGACUGCUCCAACCCCUGGCAGACGGUGUCAAGCUAUUCAUCAAAGAACCCAUCCGCCCAUCAACAUCUUCCCCAGUCUUAUUCAUUGCGACCCCAAUCCUAGCUCUACUCCUAGCUCUCUCAAUCUGAACCCCACUACCCCUCCCAUUCUCUUUAGCAGACCUUAAUCUAGGGUUACUUUUCUUAUUAGCCAUAUCAAGCCUAGCCGUAUACUCCAUCCUAUGAUCAGGAUGAGCCUCCAACUCCAAGUACGCCCUAAUCGGAGCACUACGAGCGGUAGCCCAAACAAUCUCCUAUGAAGUGACCCUAGCCAUCAUUCUUCUCUCUGUAGUCCUCCUUAGCGGAAACUACACCCUGAACACUCUUGCAAUUACCCAGGAACCCUUAUACCUUAUCUUCUCCUGCUGACCCCUUGCUAUAAUGUGAUACGUCUCUACUCUGGCUGAGACCAACCGUGCCCCCUUUGAUCUUACAGAAGGGGAGUCCGAACUGGUAUCCGGAUUCAACGUGGAAUACGCAGCAGGUCCCUUUGCACUUUUCUUUCUAGCCGAAUACGCCAAUAUUAUACUCAUAAAUACAUUAACCACAAUCCUAUUCUUUAACCCAAGCCUCUUUAACCCCCCUCAAGAGCUAUUUCCUGUCAUUCUAGCCACAAAAGUCCUGCUUUUAUCCGCAGGAUUCCUAUGAAUUCGUGCCUCCUAUCCACGAUUCCGAUACGACCAAUUAAUACACUUGCUAUGAAAAAAUUUCUUACCACUCACACUAGCCCUAUGUCUUUGACACACCAGCAUACCAAUCUGCUACGCGGGCCUACCCCCUUACCUAAGG